AAAUAAUACUAGCAGUCUAAAAAAUGAUCGAAAUUCUGAUUGGUGUCACAGCGUUUAUUUUGGGAAUAAUCUAUGUACGAUCACGGCGACCACGAAAUCUUCCACCAGGUCCAUCGGGACUACCAAUUGUGGGGAACAUUUUGGAAUUCGAUAAAGAUCCACCUUUCAAAAAGUUCAUGGAAUGGCGGAAGACAUACGGCGACACAAUCCUAGUGCACAUGGGAAAUCGGUAUCCAAUGGUUGUAAUGCACGAUUAUGAUAUUGCAAAGGCGGCCUUCAGUGACGAAGCUACGACUGGAAGAGACCAAAGAUUGAUCUGCAACCCGUUUUUCCAAGAACAAGGCUUAAUUGCGAGCCAGGGAGAACUGUGGAAAGAACAUCGCCGAUUUGCUAUCUCUACAUUGCGUGAUUUCGGUAUGGGGAAGAGCUGGAUGGAGACUAACAUCCUUGCAGAAAUCGAAGACAUGUGCGGAGUGCUGCGAAAGCAGAAUAAGCAGCCGUUUGACCCGAAAACAUUGCUAUCGCAUGCCGUUUCAAAUAUCGUGUUGUUACUUUCACAUCGACAUUUAUGA